AUGGGUACAGGAAAGAAAGAGGCUACUCGCCGGGAGCGGCAGGGGAAGGUUGGAGAUGGCAUGGGUAAUGUCAGGGUCAAGGGUGAAAACUUUUACAGAGAUGCGAAGAAGGUGAAGAGGCUGAAUAUGUACAAGGAUGGUAAACCUCGGCGUGACGCUGAAGGUAACAUCACUGUGGCCGCUUCGUAUCAGUCUAGAGAGGCACCCGUUGCCAGGAUAGAACCCAACCGCAAAUGGUUUGGAAACACAAGAGUGAUCUCCCAGGAGGCGCUGUCCUCGUUCCGUGAGGCGGUUGCUGAGCGUGCUUCGGACCCCUAUCAAGUUCUCCUCAAGACCAACAAGCUUCCCAUGAGCCUGAUCAGAGACGGUCAAGGUGUGAAUGGGCUGAAACAGCAUCAAGCGAAGAUGGCCAUUGAGACCAACCCAUAUAGCGAUACAUUUGGGCCCAAGGCUCAGAGGAAACGUGUUAAGCUGGGUGUUGGAUCACUGGAAGACUUGGCUGGCGAGACGGCCAAGAUGCAUGAUGCCUAUGUUGAGAAGUCAGAUCAUCAGACUCAUGCCGAUGGUUCGCUCGCCGUCUCUGGAGAUGUUUCUGCUGCGCAAGACGAUGCGCAUACCACAACGGCCACUGCAGUUGAGUCGGUCUUCUCCAAGGGUCAAAGUAAGCGGAUUUGGAACGAGCUUUACAAAGUCAUUGAUUCUUCGGACGUUAUCAUCCACGUCAUUGAUGCCCGUGACCCUGAAGGUACACGGUGUAGGGGUAUUGAAAAGUACAUCCGUGAAGAGGCACCUCACAAGCACUUGAUCUUCGUGCUCAAUAAGUGUGACCUUGUCCCAACAGGUGUAGCGGCCGCCUGGGUACGACACUUGUCUAAAGACCAUCCGACGCUGGCUUUCCAUGCCUCGAUCAAUAACUCAUUCGGUAAAGGUUCUUUGAUCCAACUCCUGAGACAGUUUUCCUCUCUUCACUCGGAACGGAAGCAGAUCUCUGUAGGAUUCAUUGGCUAUCCGAACACGGGUAAAUCCUCUAUCAUCAACACCUUGCGCAAAAAGAAGGUGUGCACUGUGGCCCCCAUUCCCGGUGAGACCAAGGUCUGGCAGUAUAUCACUCUGAUGAAGAGGAUCUACCUCAUCGACUGUCCCGGUGUGGUCCCACCCAACCAAAAUGACACGCCCGAAGAUAUUUUGCUUCGUGGUGUCUGUCGUGUCGAGAAUGUAGAGAAUCCCGAACAGUACAUCCCUGCUGUUCUCAAACGGGUUCAGCCCAGACACCUUGAACGUACUUACGGAGUGAAGGGCUCUGAUGAUCCUCUGGAGUUCUUGGCUGUUCUUGCACGUAAGGGUGGAAGGCUACUCCGUGGAGGAGAGCCUGACCUUGAUGGUGUUGCCAAGAUGGUGAUCAAUGAUUUCCUCAGAGGCAAGAUCCCAUGGUUUACUCCACCACCUCACACACCCGGUGAGGAGGGUGAAAAGGUUAACGGCCGUGAAGGCCGACUCGGUGAAAUGGGUCGAAAGCGGAAGCUUGACGCAGUUUCAGAAGAAACAGAGAAGAAUGAAGCGAAAUCUGGUUCCACUUCUGAUGGAGAGUUUGAGGGCUUCGGUGACAGUGAUGAUGAUGACAAUGACUCCAUCGCAAACCUUGAAGUCAGUGAUGAGGAAAGUGGAGAGGAAAAUGACUGA